UCGAGCUGCACUGGAAUCGAGAGAGAACGCGCGACGCAAUGAGAUCGAUCCUGAUAACCGGUUGCAACCGCGGCCUGGGCUUGGGUUUGGUGAAGGGUCUGGCCGGGUCACCGAAGCCGCCAGACAAUAUUUUCGCGACUUGCCGAGACGCGAGCAAGGCAACGGAGUUACGCGCGCUCGCUGAUGAGUCACCCAAUAUACACAUUAUCGAAAUUGAUUUGACGGAUACGGACGGCUAUGAAAGAAUCGUGGACACAAUCAGCCGGAAAGUCAAUGGCGCCGGUCUCAACGUUCUUUUCAACAAUGCCGGUAUUUCUAGCAAAUUCACGCGUCUCGGUCUUGUGAAAAAGCAGCAGAUCACGGAUGCUCUUCUGGUGAACACCGUGGCGCCUAUUAUGCUCACGAAGGCUCUCCUGCCGUUACUGAAGACGGCCGCGAAAAACGCUGAGAGUAAGACAGAGCUGAACGUUAAUAGAGCGGCGGUCAUCAAUAUGACUUCUAUUCUAGGCAGUAUCGCUGAAAAUACAGACGGCGGUUUUUAUCCUUAUAGAUGUAGCAAGGCCGCACUUAAUGCUGCAACCAAGUCAAUGAGCGUCGAUUUAAAAGCCGAUGGAAUCUUGGUAACGUGUUUACAUCCAGGAUGGGUACGCACGAACUUGGGCGGCAGCAACGCUCCGAUGGACGUCGAAACUAGCGUCGGCUGCAUUCUGAACACAUUGAACUUACUGACGGAAAAGCAUACCGGUUGUUUUGUACAGUACGAUGGGAAGAUAUUGCCUUGGUAAAGCAUCCAACAAAGUAAUCACAUAUAAAUAAAUGUUAAUUUUCUUUAUGUAAUAAUAAUGUGUAUAUAUAUAUAUAUAUAUAUGACAAGCGAAAUAUAUAGCAUAUAUAUUUCGCUUGUCGUUCCUAAAUAUCAAUGUAAAUACUUUAAAUUAGCUCUAAGUAUACAUUAUAAGAUUUUAUAAAAAGUUCGGGUUUUUAAUAAAGUAUUGCAGUCGAGUUUUGAUCUAGCGUCUUAUACUCAACAAUUUGAAAGUAAGUCUUUCUAAGAAAUUAGAGAGACAAAUAACGUCAACGAAUCACUUGCAUUUUAUGCGUUUUAACGGAGAUACACGACGAAAGUUAAUGAGAAGAGAGGUUCUUCGCGCAGAGCCUGACAAGUAACAUCGUAACUCUUCUCGCAAGCGACGUACAAUACGCACAUUUAGUAUGUCAUUCAACUAUUUUAUUCAUACGAAUCAAGCUUAUUUUGUACAUGUCACGGUGCUAUAACGUAACGCAAAGGAAUGCAAGUUCUCCUAUAGUACGAAUAGACGAGAGAAAUGAUAUCUGAUGUAUAUACAAUGACUCUUUCAACGACUAAUUGAAAGCGCGAACAUAUUUAUAAGUACGUCUAUCUAUGCACGUGUAUUUCCAGUAUCUGACUCAUAGCAAAAAUAAUCGUACGAAGCAUUCAAGUAUAUCUCGAGACAUUGUCUGCGAUAUAUUAUUCGAACGAGAGAGAAAGUUUUUUCCAAAGAAAAUAAUACUGCCAACGUCGCUACAAUCGUUACGAAUGUACAAUCCGCUUUUUAUACUUUAAACUUUCCUAACGUUCAUCAUCGAGCUCCUUUUCAGCUUUCCUGAUCUCUCUGUAACAAUUUCUGUGACGUAAUACAUAAAAAAAAAAAACUAAGAUUUAAUAAA